UUUGUUUCACAAAUUGUGUACCAUACUGAGCAUUAUUACGCGUACAAGAAGGCAGCUGACGAAAGCUCGAGGCAAGCCGUCCAUCUCGAGUCCUCGUCCGCGAGUUUUCCAUCUGCAUCUUCUCGCCAACACCCGAUGCGAUAGAUCGCGCCUGCCAAUUCCCGAGAACCGAAUUACCUCUCGACCGAUCGGCGCUCAGACAAAAUGAAACCCAUUAUUGCGAUUCCCGGGACGCUGAUGCUCGUGUACCGGGCCUAUUCCAAAAAGUCGCUAACGCCUGGUGGACUCUUGGCCGCGACCUUGACGGCCAUCGCGCAUGCAGUCCAUCCGUGGAACCUGCCGUUUGUUCUUCUCGUCGUCUUCUUUCUGGCCGGGACGCGAGCAACUCACGUCAAGGAAAACAUCAAGGCCAAUCUCACCCUCAAGUCCCGCGGCGGAUCCGGCGCGGAGGGUCCUCGGAAUCACGUGCAGGUGCUCGCCAACUCGCUCACCGCAUCUCUUCUUUCGUUGCUACACGCCUACCAGCUACGGUCGCGUGAGCAGACCCUCCUCGCCUCGCCAGGCGGCAACGAUGCCGGCAGCCUCUGCUUCGCCUGGGGCGGCGACCUCCUCGUCGUCGGCAUCAUCGCCAACUACGCCUGCGUCGCGGCCGACACGCUCAGCUCCGAGCUGGGCAUCCUGGCUACCGGCCAACCACGACUGAUCACCAGCCUCACUCUCCGGAAGGUCCCCCGCGGCACCAACGGCGGCGUCACUCUGACGGGCCUUGCUGCCGGGUUGCUCGGCAGCGUCAUCGUUGUCACGGCCGCGAUGCUGUUCUUGCCUUUCUGCACCGACGAGACCUCGGGAAAGCUGGGCGGUGGAGCGCCGUGGGCGAGCGAGCAGCGGCGGACGCUGAUUCUGGGCCUCACGGUCUGGGGUCUCCUGGGCAGCGUCGUGGACAGCAUCCUGGGCGGGCUGUUCCAGACGAGCGUCAAGGAUGUCCGCAGCGGCAAGAUCGUGGAAGGCGAGGGCGGCGUGCGGGCGCUCGUGUCCAGCGACGCCGGCUCCCACCAUUCCGAGCGCGAACACGACGCGGCUGUUGGCGUCAAGGCCGCCUUGCUACAUGGCGAGGGAGCGUCCGCGGUGGAGGAUACGGUCCCGGCGUCGGCGUCAGGGGCAAAGGAGGGUGAGGCCCGCAAGAAGGACCGCAGGCCCAGCUUUGGCGACGGGAAGCCGUCGAGGGUGGUUGAGAAUGGGUGGGACUUGUUGGACAACAAUGAUGUCAACUUUUUGAUGGCCUUUGGCAUGAGCGUCGGCGCCAUGGCCGUGGCUUCGUGGUACUGGCAAGUUCCGCUCUCGUCGGUUUUCCCGGCGGUGUAAUGUUGCCUGGUUCGCGGCUCAGGCUUUGGUUGUGGUUCUUUUUUUCAGACGUCUGCAUCCUGACAUGUUGAAGAGAAAGAAGCGGUUAAUAAAUAGGCGCAAAACCUAUUGGCGUAGGUAUCUCGGAAUUAUGUUUAAAAUCUAAUCUUGCCCGACUGCUUCGUACCAUGCACAUGUAUGUGUGUUGCAUUGAGUGUGCGCCUGAUAUCAUCGAAAUCAUAAAGUGCAUGUCCGUGGAUAUUCUCGACCGAAGUUCCAUCGUGAAAUGUCUCGAUAUUCUCGAUGCAUUCCUA